AUGUCUCUUCGCGGCCACAACCGAAGCAACACCAGCAACCCGCCUCACGCCCACCAGCGCGCAUCCUCAGUGCCGUCGUCGAGAUCGCCCUGCCCUCCACUGCCCGUCGUCGCGUCCCUCACCCCCGCCGCCCUCGCCGCCGCCGAGCCGAAAAUCCCCUCCUCCCCCUCCUCAGACGACCCCAACGCCCACGACGACGAAAAGUCCCGCUCCGCGACCGCCAACUCGGCCUCGCUCCUCCAGCCCCGCGUCGCCGUCGCCCUCAACGUCCCGCAGCCAUGGCACCCGUGGCUCUUCACCCUCCGCCUCGCCUCCAUACUCCCCGCCGUCUUCUGGGGCACCCCCGUCGCGCUGCGGCUGCUCCUCCUCGCGCUCGAGCUGGUCCUCGGCCCGCCCAACAUCAGGACCAGCGAGGGCAGCGGCGGAGGCAUCGCCCACCACCUGGCGUCGUACGGCGGUGGCGGUGACGGUGCCGAGGGGGGCGGGGAGGUGCUGCUGGUGCCCGUGACGGAGAUGGCGCUGGCGUCCAUCUGGUGCUUUGCGUGCGGGUACCUAUCCUUCUUCUUCACCGACUGUCUCAUGUCGAGGUGGCUCAUCAACUACACACCGCAGGCCACAAUGGUCCGCCUGCUCACCAUCGCCGCCGUCAACGCCUACGUCACAAUGACCGUCCUCUCCCUCGCGGGGGGCUUCCAGGACCUGCGACUCCUCCUCCCAGGCUGGAUCGGCAUCGCGACGACCCUCACCGUCUGCUACCACAUCACGCACCAGAAGAUCAACAUCCGCAAGGAGACGUCCACCUCCAUCAACGUCUUCUCCAUCGCCAGCUACAUCACCAUGGUCACCCUCCUCCUCCACAUGCACCUGUACAAGCCCGACUACCCGCCCAUGCCCAUCGUGACCUGGGGGCGGGCCGCCUGGCAGCGCGUCCAGGACAGCGACCUCCUCUCCAAGCUGGCGGGCUCCGGUGCCAGCAGGAGCAGUAGCGAGUUAUGA